AUGAUGCGCGCGCACUUGUCGCAAGAGCCCAUCCUCUCUUUCAUGAAUUGCCUCUCACAGUUCAGGGAAGGAGCGAGGGGUAGCUCUCUGGGCCUGGCCCGUGACAGGGCAAAUUUAAACACAUUGGGGCUCCCCCCUCGUGUUGUUGCUACAAUUCAGAAUGCUAGAGCCUCCGCUACACACUCCCUUUAUGAUUGCAAGUGGUGUGUGUUUGAGGAGUGGUGCAAGGGGCGUCAGCUGUUAUCAUAUCAGUGCUCAGUUGUUGACAUUUUGGGUUUUUUGCAAGACCUUAUCGAUGCUGGUAAAUCUUUCUCCACUAUUAAAGUCUACUUAGCGGCUAUCGCUGCAUGUCAUGUUGGGUUUGAUGGCACUACGGUGGGGCAACACCCCCUUAUUCGUAGAUUUAUGAAGGGCGCCCGCCGUUCUCUUCCAGUCACUAGAAGAGCAGUUCCAGGUUGGGACCUCUCCAUGGUGCUGGAGGCUUUGUCUCAACAGCCGUUUGAGCCACUGGGAACUAUUCCCCUGAAGCUUCUGUCUUUCAAGGCAGCUCUGCUCCUGGCCUUGGCAUCAGCCAAGCAUGUCAGUGAUUUGCACGCACUCUCUGUUCAUCCCUCGUGCACUAAUUUCUCUCUCAGUGGAGAUAAGAUUUUUCUCAGGCCUAUCCCGGCCUUUAUGCCUAAAUGCUUCCCAGCUUUCACGUGUGAGGUGCUUGAGCUUUCAGCUUUUCACCCUCCUCCAUUCUCCUCUGCGGAGGAUCAGAGGCUGAAUGCUUUGUGUCCUGUUCUUGCCCUGCGGGUUUACAUUGACAGGACCAGCCCUUUCAGGAGGAGUGAUCAGCUCUUCAUUUCUUGGGCCCCCCAGAACACGGGGAAUCCUAUUUCUAAGCAACACCUUUCUCAUUGGCUUGUGGAAGCCAUCUCAUUGGCAUAUGAAUCUAAGGGAGUGCAGCCUCCAGAGGGCCUAAAAGCACAUUCCAUUAGGGGUAUGGCGGUCUCCUGGGCUCUAUUUAAAGGGGUUUCCUUGCAGGACAUUUGUGCCGCUGCAAGCUGGGCCUCUCCACAUACGUUUGUCAGAUACUACCGGCUUGAUGUUACCCACACCCUGGUAGCUCACUCUGUUUUAGGUGUGGGCUCUUCAUAG